AUGUCAGUGUUUGUUGUGCUAGCAUGUGCUCCUUCAAAUAUUGCUGUGGAUAAUUUGGUAGAGAAGUUGGCCAAGAAUAAAGCUAAGGUGGUAAGGCUUGGUCAUCCAGCAAGACUUCUUUCGUCCAUUCAGCAUUAUUCAUUGGAUGCCAUCUUAACAGCAUCAGAUUCAACAUCUAUUAUACAAGAUGUUAGGAAGGAUAUUGACAAGGCAUUGUCAAAAUCAAGAAAGUCCAAAGAACCAAGUGAGAGACGGCAUCUCAGACAAGAAAUCAAAACACUGCGAAAAGAAUUACGCCAGAGAGAAGAAAAAGCUAUGAAAGAGGUUCUGAUUGGUGCAGAAGUUGUCUUGGCAACCAACACAAGCGCAGGGAAUGAUGGUCCACUAGGCCGCCUUCCCAUGGAUCAUUUCGAUUUGGUUGUCAUCGACGAGGCCGCUCAGGCUCUGGAAGCAAGUUGCUGGAUACCAUUACUGAGGGCUCCAAGAUGCAUAUUAUCAGGUGAUCACCAUCAGCUUCCACCGACAAUAGUCUCACCUGAGGCAGCUAAAAAAGGUUUAGACGUCACUCUGAUGGAAAGAGUAGUGAAGCAAUAUGAUGACAAGGUUGUGCGCAUGCUCACUACACAGUACAGAAUGCAUGAAUCAAUAAUGAAGUGGUCUUCAGAGCAGCUAUACAACAACCAACUCAAAGCAGAUAGCUCCGUGCAGCAUCAUCUACUGAAGGAUCUCCCCAACGUCCAAGAAACAGAAGAAACAACCAUCCCUCUUUUAUUGAUUGACACGACCGGAUGUGACGUCAUGGAGCUCGAAGUUGAAGAUGAACUCUCCAAGGGAAACGAGGGAGAAGCUGAUAUAGUCGCUACGCAUGUCACUGCGUUGAUUAACGCUGGCCUUGAUGCUCGAGAUAUUGCUGUCAUUGCUCCUUAUAAUUUACAGGUCGAGUUGUUGCGAAAGAGGCUUUCUCAYGUUUUCCCAUCACUUGAGAUCAAAUCAGUGGACGGUUUUCAAGGACGAGAGAAAGAAGCCGUGAUAAUAUCGCUUGUUCGCUCAAAUAAACAAGGUACCACAACUAUUUUAACCAAGUUUGUCGGAAAUAUAGUCUCCUUCACGGUCACCUGCGCCAUCUUGAAAGCGUCACAUAAAUGUCGCCAUAACUCGAGCUCGCCGGCAUUUAGCAGUAGUGUGCGAUUCGGGGAGGAUCGAAGGAUCAACGUCGCCAUAACUCGAGCUCGCCGGCAUUUAGCAGUAGUGUGCGAUUCGGAUACCGUCAGCCAUCAUCCAUUUCUAAAGUCACUAAUCACAUAUUUGGGGGAAAAUGGCGAGGUACGAUCAGCGAUGGAAUAUCUCCAUGGAAACAUUAUMACUGGUGACGUCACAUCUCUCGAUCCAGACUCCACGGCCUUGUCACUAAAUGUAGRACUGGGAACUARCGGAAGUAAAAGCGUUAAUCAGUUUAAUAAAAAUAUCAACGAUGGGACAACUAAGAAAGUGGYGAAAAAGGAAAAUARAAAUACAGUAMUUUCCAGUAAAAAGGUUUUARAAAAUCAAGCUGUUAAUAGAAAUACAUUUAAGGGUUGCAAUGAUUUGAACGUUGAAACUAAACYAYYACGRGCUURCRGUUCUCAAAAUGACAGUCACUAUGGAAACCUGAACAUCACCGGAAGUKMCARUGACWUUGGGUGCUCCGGAAGUGACGUCACGGUUUCUCAAUGUAGUCCCCAGGCCACUCGAGUUGCUUUAACAAAGGAGCAGCUAGAAGAUGAAAUUCGUGCGUUUCUAUUGGCUGAAGAUACAGAGCUYGUGUUUAGUGCUGAGCUGACUUCGCAGGAGCGAUUUUUUGUGCAUUCCAUCGCUGAAGAAAUAAACCUGGAGCAUGAAAGCAAAGGUGAAGGCGUKCUGAGGUAUAUCGUUGUGAGGAAACAAGCUAAAAGACCUGACAAAGAAGAAGAAGAAGACGAUGAUAUACUAAGCACUUGCAAAAUUUGCAAGAAAAAACUCCCGACAUGCAACAUGGAAUUACACCUUUUACGAUGCGAACAGCACCACGCAUGCGCAUUUGAAGCAAAACCACUGACGGAGAAACCCAGCGGCUCAGACGAACGCAAGAAGAAACCAAAGAAAAAGAAACAAGAAAAAAAUGCUUCAAAUUCCUUAAAAACAAACCAAAGAGACGAAGACUUUGACUCCAUGUUGGCCGAAUUUACAAGACUGGACACUCGUUGUGCAUUUGAAUCUUGUAAACAGUGUAUUUCUUUGCUUGGGCAGAAAUGUCAAUGUUGUGACAAAGUUUUUUGCUUGUCRCAUCAUAUUCCUGAAGUCCACGGCUGUGGCGACCAGGCCAAGUUACUUGCCAGAAAAGGACUGGGUAAGCCUGCGCCUCGAAAGCAAAAGAAACUUGAUUCAACACGGAAAGCACAGCUACAUAAGAAACUCGAGAAUAGACUCGAUGAAAUGAGUGACAAACGAAGACAUAAAAAGAAAGAGUAGAUGUGGGUAAUUUUAGUGAAAAAUUUAUCAACAAAAACGUAUAAGAUUUUGAAA